AUGGGGACAUUGCUACCAACCGUCUUCAUCCCUCAGAGCGAACUUCUCUCCACCUCUUGCUGCCAGCUCUUGGGCCUCAGCCUGCCCACCAUGGCUCUCUGGAUCCGAUCGCUGCCCCUCCUGGCCCUCCUGGCUCUUUCUGGCCCCGGGAGCAGCCACGCGGCUGUCAACCAGCACCUCUGCGGCUCCCACUUGGUGGAAGCUCUGUACCUGGUGUGUGGGGAGCGGGGCUUCUUCUACCAACCCAAAGCCCGGCGGGACGUUGAGCAGCCUCUGGUGAGCGGUCCCUUGCAUGGUGAGUUGGGAGAGCUGCCCUUCCAGCAGGAGGAGUUUGAGAAAGUGAAGCGAGGGAUUGUUGAGCAAUGCUGCCACAACACCUGCUCCCUCUACCAGCUGGAAAACUACUGUAACUAG